AUGAAAAUUACGCAAGAAAUUCAAGAAAAGUUUGAUAGGAACAUCACUAGCGAAGAGGAAGCAGAUAAAUUAGGCAGAAGUAUGGUAGACAAAAUUAUUGCUUAUAAAAAUGCCAAGGUUAAUAGCAAAAACUCUGCUGUUAAUAAGCAGAAUAUAAAAGACAUAAUCAAUACUUUUUUAGAGGAAAUUAACGAGGCUCUAAUUAAAGGCGAAGAAGUCAAAUUAGUGGGCCAUUUUGCUUUGAAAACAGUAAUGACUAAGGAAAAACAAGGCAUAAACCUAAAAACCAAAGAAAAAAUAACAAUUCCGGCCAAAAGAGUGCCAAAAAUAAAGUUUUCUCCUAAUUUGAAAAAAGAAAUUUCAGCAACCAAGUAG